AUGGCCAUAGUGUUCAGGAAGAGUGUUUAGCCUAGAGAAAACUUCCUCUUGCUGUUCCUUCUCAUCUAAAAUGGCAGCCUUCCAAGUCGCUGCUUCCAGGGGAAAAUUGACUCUUUUUUUGAGAUUUAAUCAAACAUUUCAGUGAGGAAGACGAAUAGGCAUUACUCCCACAGUAAGUAAGUUGCUGCCAGGGCCUGGCAUUGAUUUCGGAUACAGGAGAGGAUGAGUGUGUGUUUCUUCAUGCUGCUUUCCCCCGGGAGCAUCYGCAGCAGCUUCACCAGGGCGCUCUGCUUGGAGUGUGUUUCCAGAGCCUGUUGUGACAGCAAGGAGAGGAAAAUCGUGAUGGACAGAGGGAAAAUUAGAGAACCACCUAAUAAUAUAGGGAGGAAGGGGUUAGGGAAUAAGGGAAAGCCACCACGCUUAAAACAACAGCAAAAAGAUGUUAUCUAAAAAAUUGGCUAUGGGUUUGGGCCUGUGGGUACUGCUGCAGCUGCCCCGGUCGUGCCCGUUGCUGCUGAGCAUGAUGGAGUGAGCCCCGUUAUGGGGAGCAUUGUGUUAAAGCAGGUGCCRUUGCCUAGAGGAAGAGUCGGAAUUUCCAUUUUGUGGGAUUUCUUCCAUGUUGAUCCUUGGUUUGCCUGGUCAUCGCGAGCAUGCGCUAAAGGAGAAGAAAGAAGAAGAAGACGAAGAAAGCCACRACAAGCUGGGUGGUCACCAGAGGACAUCACCUCUUCAGGGACAUCUCCAAGUCAUCCGUUUUUGCCCGUUGGAAUGUGGCUGUUUGGAAUUUCCUACAGACUGUGGCACUGUGUUGUCAUAGAGAACGUCCAUUUCCUCAAAUGUGCUUGUGUGUUGGAGAGAUUGGAGUGCAGAAAAACACAAUUAGCAACUGAUGUGUGGACCUGUGAGCCCACCACAGCCUGUGUGACCACGAUGGGAUCUGUUUGAUGUCUUUUUUGAURCACUGAGUUCCUCACGGUGCUGCAGAAGUUCCCUUUUAGAAAGCAAGCAGCUUUUAGGCUUUGUUUAAAAAAUCUACAGCAGCAAGCAUCCCAGAAGAACCCAGUUCCCAAACUGGUGUGGCUUUUCCCUAAUUCCCUCACCCUGGCUUUGUAGCUUUUGACAACUGUGAAGCCCCUGGCACUGUAGCCAGUACCAUGUUUUACAUUUCUUUYAGCUUUAGUGGUUUGAGGCUUCCUGAGAGCACAAGAGAGCUGAGGACAUCCUAGCAGURUCUUAAGGGACUUGCUGUCACUUUGCUUUUCCUGCUAAAAACCCAUCAAAUUCUUCAGGCAUCGCAGGACGGGAACCUUCUUCCAGGGAAUCUCUCGGAGCAGUUAAUAGCCACUCAGUGGCUCUUCCUUUCAUGUGUUAAAGCAGCUUGAGAGCAGCAGAAGGUGGAGCAGAACUUGUGUGUGCAGCCUUCUCCUGGGCGGGUGGAUGGGGCUCUUCUCAACUCAUUCCACAGGUCUCCAACGCAUGACAUCCUUAAGCCACUUGUUUAUAGGUCUUGCUGAGAUGCUGCUCUCCUCAAAUUGCCUCCUCCUGACUUUGCAGGGCGCGUGGAAAGCCUUAAAUCAAAGGUGCUUCUUGAGCUGGGGAGUGAUUUUGGUCCUGCAACCAGUUCUCUGUCCAGUUGCUGGUGAAGAAGGCCAAAAUGUUGACCUGUUCCUUCAAGCUGCUCUCCUCACAGGCUGCCUUGCUCUUCGUGGGUCCUGAGUGACAUGUUGUCCCCUGUCCCUCCCCAGGUCCUGAACGUGCACCAAGACUUGCAUUUAGAUACUCUUGAGCUGCAGCAGUUCAUUAAAGCAAAUGUAAGGAGUAUUGAUUGCAACAGCCCUGAGCUUUGGACUUUGCCACAAAGGAUGAGAGCCCUUGCAGCAGGGAGGAGAUUUUAGCAAGAGAUYGGUCUGUGCUUCAGACCACUUCAGUGCUGAGCAUGUGUAGCAUUUAUACAGUGAGCUUUUAUAUAGGCAUCAUAUGCACUAUUUCUUGCAGGCUUUUUUAGCAUCUGGUGCACGUUGCUCUUCCAGCUCUAGGGGCUCUAACGAGUGCAUCAGCAGUGACCAUUUUGGAGCUGAAGCAGCCCUGACAGAAUGAAAAAUGAGGUUUGAUCAUGCAGCUCUUAGUGCUCUUCCUUCUUGUUUUCUGACAUCUGCAGUGCCCUUAUGAACAGGGCUGUUGAGAGGGUUUGCUGCUUUGUAAAGAAUUAAAAGCACGCAAAAAUAGGCCAGGAGCUGUCAAAAGUGAAAGAGUUUGUGCUUUAUGGCCAAAAAAAUUCCUGUAGAUAAAUGUGUAGCUAAUAAGCACAGCGCUGUAAGGACGGAAAAAUCUUCUCUUCGUGCAUUUGUUGCAGUGCAAAAAAAAAAAAGAAAGAAUUAUGUCCCUUUUUCCUCCUCUGUAAGUUCAGAACAGAACAAAUGCUCGUCCCCAAGCUGGAAACUUAAAAUGAGUUCAUAAUGGUAAGAGCAGUUCAAUCCUAAUAGGAAAACUUUGCCGUGUUUCUGGAAGGAGGUGAAAAAGAGAAAGGGCAUUAAAAUUCUCCCCGGCUUCUGGGAGACUUGCUGAGUGCACCAGAGUUACUCACUUUUCUUUGGGCUUUCCAGGGCUAGUUAAGUAGAUUUUUGUUCAGUACUCAGAUUGCCAAGUUGACUGACGUCAGUUAAAAGGAAAAAAUAAGUUUUUAGAUUUUUUUUUUUUUUAAUAUUUAAGAAAGGACUUUUUUGGGAAUUUAUAGCAGUGAGUUUUUGAUUUGUUAUAGUUUUCUUCCCAUUUCUUAAACGAGAUCUGCUCAGAUUCAAAUUCUGAGCAGAAUUCAGAGUGUAUUUAGGAAUAUGGAAUGCAGCAAGCAAAAAAUAUGUUCAGUUUAAGCAGCUUGGCCUGCUUGGACUGUCUAAACACCUGAAUUUGYAGAGACUUUUUUUCCUCAUCAUGAUGGAUAUAGUAACUGUACAUUAUACAGUUGGCUCUCCCUCUCCUUAAGGAAAAGAAACUCCACUUUCCAGGCCAUGAAUUCCUACUGAUUUGUAUUUCAAUACCUCUCCUCAUCAAAGCAGUGGCCCUUAAUUACCAUCUGUUUAAGCGUCGGCUGGUGCAAAACGGGGAAAAAAAUCAUGCUCGAAAUUGUGUUUAAUUAACAGUGAUAUUGGUGACACCUUGGGCAAAAUGUUUCUUGUCAGGCUUCCAUGCAAAAGAGCACCAUAAUUUUGAGAAGCUGCCUAGGAAUUUGUAUGACACCAAGUUUGGGUUUGAGGAUCACCCUGGUCCUGGAGAUAGGGAGGAACCUUGCACUGAAUUCCCCUUGUCGAGCAGUCAAAAGCAAUAACUAAUCCAAGAAACCAACUUUUCCUCUCUUUAUUUUAGAUUUGGGAAAAUUCCCUGCCAAAAAAAAAUAUCCUGGGAAAUUCACUAGUGUUUGUGAGAAGUUAACUGGAAGUCUUUGAAGAUCAGCUCCCGUGCUGAGAUUGUCCAGGGUUACUGUUAAAAGAAGAUAUCACUGCUCAAGCCUGUAGAAGACUUUCAGCCCAAGAAAGAGUGAAACCAGCUCUUGUCACRAGUGAAGGAAGUCCCUGUGGAGAGACAACGCUUCCUAUAGCCGAGCUUUCCUCAGGAAUUUCUUCAGCAUGUCCAACCAAGGAGACGAUUGCUAUUUCUAUUUCUAUUCCACGUGUAAUAAGGGAGACAGUUGUCCCUUCCGCCACUGUGAAGCUGCUCUGGGGAAUGAAACRGUCUGCACGCUGUGGCAGGAGGGUCGGUGUUUCAGGAAUAUCUGCAGGUUCAGACAUAUGGAAAUAGAUAAAAAGCGCAGCGAGAUUCCUUGCUAUUGGGAGAACCAGCCAGUGGGCUGUCAAAAAUCCAACUGUGCUUUUCAUCACACCAAGGGACGUUACGUUGAUGGCCUCUUCUUACCACCAAGCAAAACUACACUGCCAGGUCCAGCUGAGUCUGCAGACGAUGACGGGAAAGCAGCUCAGCUCUCUCUGCAACAGAACAAGCUUUCUGUGCAGUCCAAUCCCUCUCCGCAGCUGAGGGGAGUGAUGAAAGUGGAGAACUCCGAAAACGUCCCCAGUCCCACACACCCUCCAGUGGUCAUCAAUGCUGCAGACGAUGAUGAAGAUGAUGAUGAUCAGCUUUCUGAAGAAGGAGAUGAAGCUAAAACACCUGUCCAGCAACCAGCUGCAGAAACUCCUAACGGAUUGCGGAUGAUUUCCACUAGGAAAUCCAAUGCAAAUACAAAACAAGAUGAAAAGUUGAAUUUUGGGAUAAAGACGCUCGAAGAAAUAAAAUUGAAGAAAUUGAGAGAAAGAUCGAGAAAACAAGGUGAAGGUCCUUCAGGAAUUCCUGUUCAUCCACUUCAGUCUCAGGCUAUUCCAGUGCCAGAAAAGGAAAAUGUUCGGACAGUAGUCAGAACUGUGACACUAUCUACAAAGCAAGGGGAAGAGCCUGUAAUUCGACUGAACCUUGGCGAGAGAAUGGGAAAACGGAAAGCCUCCCUGGCUGAUGAAGGUGGCCUUCCACUGAAGCGCAGCCUCGCUGAAAGGCUGGGAAAGAAGAUAGAGAGUCUGGAAAAUGCUGAAAAGGCACCAAAGAGAGAGAAAACGGCAUAGCCAACAGACUAGAGCCAUGAGAUAAGUCUUGAACAAAUCCGUCUUGAGAGAGCCGGGCAGCGACGAGGAGAACCUCAAGCUAAACCUCACACUGAAGGGCCCUGCAGGACAGAAGAUCCCGGCCCAGGGACAAGACCUUCCACUGCAGUUCGCAUCAAAACUUUCUCAGAGGCCCUAGCAGAAAAAAGGCAAAAGCAGAAAGAGCAGAAGCAAAAAGAACAGAAGCAGAAAGAGCAGAAGCAAAAAGAGCAGAAGCAGAAAGCGCAAGAGCUGUCUGGGAAGGCAAAGGCCGAGAGUGAUGCCAAGAAGCAGAACGUCCAAACUGCAUCUGUGCCUGGCAAAAUGCAGCUAGAAGAGCCGACAGGUAAAGCCAAGGCAGGAGGAGAGGUGCGUGUUAAAACCUUGGAAGAAAUCAAGCAGGAGAAAGCUCUGCGGAUGCAACAGAGUGUGGAAAAUGUUCCCACUCCACCAGCCCAACCCGAACCCGCGCCGACAGGAAGGCGAUUGUUACGGAUCACAAAGCUAAUAGCUCCUGGAAGAAGAGAAGAGAAGAAGGUGGUGGAAGUGAGCAAGUCUUCUCCCAAAGCUGCCUCUGCACCUGCAGAGCCCUGUGCUCAGAGUGCAGCUAACUCUAAAGUUCAGGUGAAGAGCCUUGAAGAGAUCUUGAGGGAGAAACGGCAACUGAAGCAACAGCAAGAGGAGAAGCUUCCAAAGGAAGCAGCUGCCGUGUCAUCCACUGUGGAAAAAGCAGCUAAAUCCCCAACAUCCAGCAGUCCUGAAGCCACUGGGGUGUCAGGGCCAAAUUGUCAGACUGCAAAGAGGUUAUUGGUGAAAUCUCAGGAAGAUGGGGCUGAUAGCCCAGGAAAAGAUGCUGCUGUGUCCUCAGGGAAACAGGCAUCCCAGUCUCUGGAAAGGAAAGCUAAGACCAAGUCGAAGGCGAACGGGAAGCCGUCGGAAGCGAAAGCCACCUCUCCUGUAAAGCAGACACUGAAACGUAAGGUAGUUGAGAGCCACCCCUCUGCUGUGGCAGCUGUGAAGCCACUGAGCAGCACCGGUGGUGACACGAUGGAGCCAGCAGCUAAAAAAGCAGCCGUGGCUGUUGUUCCAGCCCUGCCAGAGGAUGGUCGGGCCACCAUACCUGAAAGAGGAAAACCCAAAGACAGUGCUGUGGGCCAGGCUGAUUCCGGGCCGCAAUCGGAGGUCUCGAGCUCCACUUCUUCGCAAGCCGUGGUCAAAACRCGCCGGUUAAGCUCCACAGGGGCCGGGAAAGCACCUUUAUCCGUAGAGGAUGACUUUGAGAAGCUCAUUUGGGAAAUCUCAGGAGGCAAACUGGAAGCCGAGAUUGAUCUGGACCCAGGGAAGGACGAGGAUGACCUCCUCCUUGAACUUUCCGAAAUGAUCGACAGCUGAACUGCAUAUCCUUCUGUUCCCCCCUCUCCCCCCCCAAAAAAAAGAAAAAAAAAUGUAUAUUUUGUUGGAUACCCCGAGAUGAUCUUUUUUUCUAGCUGAGGCUUUGCUGUGAGUCUUAAAGCACAGUUGGACUGGUAGGAAUUGGCACUAUCUGCACUCAGUUGUCCUAAAUUUCCCUGCUGUUCCGAGUUCGAGUCCCGCGCAUCCCUUCUGUUACUGUUGGUGGCUGCCUUCGAUGUUCAGAGGACAAAGCACUUGGUUAGUUCACACCAGAAGGACGUUCAUCUCCAAGCCGUGGAGGUUGUGAAUUCAUCUACUUGAGUCGGUGACACUCUGAAGACUUAACCUUAAAAGCUUCUUUCCCUGCCCUGCAGCCCACCCCUUGGCAAGACAGUUUUGGGUGUAUUUCAAGGUUUUUUGCGUUUUCUUGGACACUUGAUACUAAAGCCUGGAGUUACUAUGUCAACUCUUGAUUUUUAUUUAUGUAUGUUUCCAUUUUGAUUGGAGUCUUCUAGGGCAAAUUAAUGAAAAGGAGGAAGGGAGCAAAAUAAUUCUAGCAUUUUGGACCAAACRUGCUGCCAAGGGUGGUGGUUGGAGUCACUCCAUCCAGCCUUAUUCCUCUUCAGUUAUCAGGGAUAAUACAACAUCAGCGUGGAACGCAGCAGCUAUACCGUACAGCUAGAAUACCCCCUUCCCGGUGUAUUGUACUGUAUCGAAGCAGGGGCGUUUUGGUGCUUUUUGCCAAUGUGAACAGGAGUGCGGGGCGAAAAGUCAGGCUUCUCGCAGGCUGCAGGAAAGGAGGAAUUGGUUUAAGUGCCUCUCGGCUCCAAGAAUCGCUCCCCUGAGAGCUGACAGCUGCUGGGAUUGACGUUAAAACACCAACCAUCAGCUUUGUUUGAAGYGGUGCCCGCGGGGCGUCAGUGCAACCGCGCGGCCGGUUGUUGGCAUUGCACCAACAGGCGGCCGGCGCCCAGGUACCACCCUGGGGCUGCAGGGCUCGUUUCCGUGCUCUCUGCAUCUCCUGCGGAUCCAUUCACCCCUGCACCCCCCAGCAUGGAGGCUCGAGCUCCUCGCAGAAGGAAAAGCUGGAGCCAGGACAUUAUUGCCCCUGUGAAGUUGUGACCCUGAGCUGAGACUGGGGUGUAUUGAGUACCCUGCCACCAGUGAGUAUUUUUCCCUAGCAGAUCUAUUUUCUAAUUAUUUUCAUAAAAUCUCUGAAGAACUUGAGUCUCUUCCCAUUGCGAGUCGCGAAGGGGCCCUCAGGCACUUGCUGCUGGCGGAGGGAAAAUGAGUUUAGCUCCUUGUAAAUCUUUUCCUCUCUGGAAGGAAACACUCGUGUGCGGCGAUAACGCGCCAGGAGGUCUUAGCUCCUGGAGGAAGAGGUUGAACCCAACCUAGAGCAGCCCCUCCUGAAGAAACGGCGCGUCUGGCUCCAGCAGGGUCACCGUCUUGUCACCCUUAUCCCACCGAAGGACGUUUUUCCACCUUUCCGCCAGCUCUGCCUGGAGUGACUUUGGGAAGGAGAGAAGCCCAAGGAAAAGACUGUGCUGUGGAAAACUUACCCCCCCCCUCGGAAACGUUUCCUCUCCUUGCUCUGCUCGAAGCAGGAUCUUAUGUUUUCGUGUGGGUCCUCACAGCCCGGGGGGGCGGCGUUUUGUG